UUAAGCUUGAUCUCUAAUAUAUAUAUAAACUCACACAGAUUACCCUCAAACCCAUCAUCAAGAUUAUCAAAAACAGAAGUUCUAUUAGCUCCUUCCUUCAGCUUCCUCUCAUGGAAUCUCACAAACUUCUCUCUUUCUCAACCAAAGCCAUAGCCUGCCUUCUCCUCUGUUUGAUGUGUUUAUCUGCUAACUCAGCCAGGCUUCUCGACGAGCAGCCACAGGGGCCGGUGGGUACGCCGACAUCAUCCAAUCUCGUUGGUCCGACAGUAUCCAAUGUCGUUGGUACGCCUAUUAGCAAUUCAGGGCAAGGAACUACUACUUCACCUUCAACUACUCUACCUAGUUUUGGUGGUGGGAUUGAAGCUGAUCACCAUACCUUAACCUUCUUUAUGCAUGACAUCCUUGGUGGUUCAAACCCCUCGGCUCGGGCUGUUACCGGGGCGGUUAACAAUCCGGCCCUCAACGGUCAGCUUCCGUUUGCCAAGCCUAAUGGAGCAGUUCUAUCAGUGGGCAAUGGUGUCCCCCAAAGCAAUGGAAACAGUGGUCUAAUUAACAACAACAACCUCCCUUUUCUGGUUGGCCUUGGUGGAGCUACAUCCCCAUUGUUGCAGAACAACAAUGGGAACAACUUCAAUGGUGUGGCUGGAUUUCCAUCCGUUAAUGCCGGGCAGCUUCCGUCCGGAGUGUCGAUACAACAGCUCAUGUUCGGUACCAUGACAGUGAUUGACGACGAGCUGACCGAAGGACACGAACUGGGCUCUGGUUUGAUUGGAAAAGCACAAGGAUUCUAUGUGGUGAGCUCGGAGGAUGGAAACAGUCAAACAAUGGCAUUCACUACCAUGUUUGAGAGUGGCCAUUACGUCGACAGCCUGAGCUUCUUCGGAGUCCACCGGACGGCGGUGUCGGAGUCUCACUUGGCCAUCAUGGGAGGCACUGGAAAAUACGUAAAUGCAAAAGGUUAUGCCAAUGUGAAGACUCUUCCAGGCACCAACCAGCAUGAAACUGAUGGGGUAGAGACUUUGCUGCAAUUCACUCUUUACAUCACUUACUAAAACCACUCUUGUUUUAUCAUCUAUCCUUUGUUUGAGAUCUCAAAUCUCACUUUGUUUAUGAAUUUCUCAAUUACAUAUGAAAGCUAAUAUAUUACAAAGUUAUCAAU